CGUUGCCUUGUAAUCAUGGUGAUUGAUUCGGUCUGCCUCAAAUAAGCAAAAAACUACAGUUUCUUUUGACGAUGUAGAAAAAUCGGUGUAAACGAGAAGUCAAGAAGAGUUUUUUAUCUACUAAAACGUUGAAAUAAAUGUUAUACUUCACCAUUAACAACAUAUUUAGUGUUAACAGAAGUGAUAAGGACGAUAAGAGAUUGUGAAGUGCUUAAAUUGUGUGAAAAUAAUUUCAUAUAACCCAAUAACUAUGUGUAAUGUACCACCUAAGUUCUUUCAAGUUUGUCGUUUAUGCCUUACUUUGGUCAAAGAGCAUGACGUUGAGGUGCUGCAAAUAUUUAAUUCAUCAUCAACAGCAGCUACAGCUACAGCUACGACAACAGUGUCGUUUGGCUCUGAAAACCAAUCAAACAAAGCCCCUGCAAAUACCCUCGACCAACAGUUUCACCAUCAUUAUAAUCUCCAUCCUCAACAAUUCGGGAGGCCACAGAGCAGUUGCAACACAAAAAAUGAUUGUACCUCUGAUAACCUAUCUCAUUCCCCUGCAUCAGUUUUCAAGAGUGAGGAAGAGAUACCAGAUAAUAAUCUAAGUACACUUGUGCCGAUUGUGCCUUCUUCCAUUGCUGUAUCUGAAACUUCUACAUAUGGAAUCAGUCAAUUGAUGUCCAAAUCAUUGGAAAAUAACGAAGCGGGGGGCUUUUCAACGUCUAAUCCACAAAUACAUGCAAAAAAUGCCACACAUGUGAAAUGUAAGAUUACAUUAUCCAAUGAUAACGAAGAAGGCAAAAGCAAUGAUGGCAUAUCUCUGGGAGAGGAGGUGUUCAAGAAGGAAAACCAUGAUGAUUCAUCACCACAUAUUACCAUUCAAAUACUCAGCUGUCUCUCUAUAAAGAUUUCACCAAAUGAUGGUUUGCCCGCCAUUGUGUGCAACAACUGUAGAAAUAAAUUGAAAGCAUUUUGGAAUUUUCGAUUGAUGGCUCAAAAAUCGGAGUUUACGUUAAAAGAGUUAACGAAAUUUUCAAAACAGAAUUCCUUGGAAAGUGACACUCGUUUCACAAGCAUUUCAAAAUCACCACCUUGCGGAAAGUCUUCUUCGGAAACAAUGGCAGCAAAGGCUUUAACCGAAUUAAGUAAAUCGUCUAAAAAUUAUUUUGGAAGUUAUAAACCCGUAAAUGCUACUGCCGAUAAUUAUGCUGAAGCUUGCACACUCGCACCAGCUGCAGCAGCUGUCACUAAAUCGCUUCAGAAAACGAAUAUAAACGAAAAUGAUGAUGACAUUUACAAUACAGCAUCCUGUUCUUCGAAAACUCCGCCCAUAAUGAGGAAGAAAUUGCGAGCGCUCUCUCCACUGCUAGCACCUCCGCCGCCGCCUCCACCCACAUUAUCAACAACAACAACAACCACAACAACGGAAGAUAUAUUAGAAAAUCGCACUGGUACAGAUUAUUAUCCCAAUGAUAAUCCAUUAAGCUAUGAUGGUAUCAUUUCGCCGCACACAAUUGCAAAUAAUUUGAUAAAUAUGAAAAGUGAAAAUUUGCCGAAUAUUGAGAAAAUUCGGCAUUUGCAACAAAAGCUAGAAACGGCUGCUGUGCUUAUGGAUAUUAGUAAAAAAGUGAUCAUAUCACCACCAUGCUCGAAUCGCCAGUCUCCAAAUCUACCUUCAAUGCAAACAACAGAUGAAAGUAUUAAAAAUUCUGUGAUAAAAAAUGAACGUCCAUCAAAUGAAAAGACAACAGUAACAUCAACAGUUACUACAACACUACAAGAUGGAAAGGAAAUAGACUUAUCAAUUAAAAAACCGAAACAAGAAUUCUCAAACACUCAACAAACAACAACAACCGUAUCUCAAUUACUUCAUUACACUCGUCCCACAAUACUCGAAUUACAGCAACAGCAACAACAACAACAACAACAAACACUUACACAACCUGUAAAUUUAGAUUUAGAAACUACAAGUAUUAUUAAAGGAGGAAUUGAAAAUACAAGUAUACCUUGUAGUAGUAAUCAUUUACCAAUACCAAAUAAAAAGGAUACACCAGCAGCAUACACAGACUCCGAUGAGAGUUCCGAUUCGAAUCGUUUAGAGAUGGAUAUGAGUUCAAUGUUGAAUGAACGUAAAUCGCCGGACAGUAUAACAUCAGAAGAACAAGUAACGGACGUUGCGACCACACAAUUGUGGCAAGCGCUUGCCAGAUCAGCUGCAAAUAAUGAAAAUAAUCAGCUUCUCCGGCAUAUGAUACAUCAAUCGCUUGUAUAUCCCCCGCCGGCAACUGCAAUAUCCGCUGAGAAUGUACCUGAGGAACCAAUGGCAUUAUUAAAGAAUGAUAAUAUAAAUAAAUUAUGCCGAAGAAAGCAAACAUGUCCUACGAAAAAUGAUGCAAUCGAACAACUGCCCAAUGUUAUGGCUGUUAAUGCUCAAAAUCUCGAGCUUAAUGUCAGUACACAUAACCACGUGGCUGUUGCUGCCGCAGCUGCAGCGGCAGCUGCAUCAAUGCAAGAUAAAAAGAAUAACAAGAAUAUUAGCGCUGGCGCUGCCGGUAUAAUCAAUAACCCAAAAGAUAUGUCUUGCUCCAAUUGUGGCACACUUACUACGACUAUUUGGAGACGUAGUAUUCGAGGUGAAAUGGUAUGCAAUGCUUGUGGUCUAUACUUCAAAUUACAUGGUGUAAACAGACCGCAUUCGAUGAGGCGUGACACUAUACACACACGGCGGAGACGUCCGAAGGAGUGUGAAAAAUCGAAGAAGAAAAACAAACGCUCAAGUUCGCCUUCCGAAGUAUUAUGUAAAAUGCCCAUCUGUGGUACGAGUGGUGCAGGAGUUGAGCUUAAACAAAAUGUGUUCUUAACAGUUGAAAAUCCAGAGACAUCUGUUUUUGCCUUCACGAAAUACAAGCGACGCAUGGACGAGGAACAAGCGAAUAUGAUCAAAGAUGGUUUGCUAAAGAAAAAGAAACUACAGCAAGGUUCGAUUAAAGGGGAAUUCAAUCAGAUGGACGAUUUUUUAGUACCUCUUAAUCUUGUCUCCAGUGAAAAUAAUACUAAGUUAACAUAAAACGCCAAAUCAGAAAAAUCAAAUCAAAAUAACGAAGCAAAAAUUACAAAAAAGAAAAAAGAAACUAAUAAGUUACAACACAAAAAAAAAAAGAACAAAUAGAAAAAGAAAAAGAAAGUAAAAGUUUAGAAGUAGAAGACUAUGAGUGCCGCGCAUGCAGAAAAGGUAAAAACAAAAAUGCAAAUAAACCAACAAAUUAUUAAAUAAAAUUAUGAAUUUGAAGAAAAAGGGGAAAAUUACAUAGCGAAACAGUAAGAAAAGAAACCAAUACCAAAACAGCAAUGAAAUAAUGUUUAUAGAGUGGAAGGUAAAGCGACGUUUUAACAUUAAUUAAUUAAUUAAUUAAAUAAUUAAUUUAACCAAGGGCAUAUAUACUUAAAUACAAUUUUUUAAGUUAAUAAUUUAUUGUAAUUAAAAGUUGAAAACAAAAAAAAAAAAUCGAAGCUUCAGUAUUUUUUGAACCACAAUGACAAUGUUUAUUACUACCCCCUACUUAAAUAAUAGGAAAGCUUGUUUUACAUAUACAAUACAUAUAUGAGAAUAAGGAUUGUACAUAUUUAAAACAAAAAAGCAGAUUUCAAUCUAAACAAAAACACAAAAAAAUAGAUAAUACACUCACUCACUUUAAAAUCUCUUGCCUAUAUGCGAAUCAUGUGAUAAUUACUUACAUUUAAUCUAAUAAUAUCGAACUUAUUAAUCUUAUUAAAAAAAAGCAAUACAAAUUUCACAUACAGGGUGUUUUAUUCGCAUAUAUUAAUGGACAAUCACAGAAAGGUCUUAUUACUCAAAGUUCAAAGAUUUUUUUAAAAAGCACAUACACACAUACACGCAUACAUAUGCGGCGUGUGUGCACUUGCGAAGAAGAAAAAUUAAUAUGAGAGUAAUGUCUAACAUUAGCAACAUAUUAAAUAUGUAUAUGCAUACUUACGUACAUAUAAUAUGUAUAUAGGCUUGUAGUCGUCCCUAUUUAUUGCAUACUUACUUUUCACGGUAGUACACAAAAAAAAAAAUAAUAAAAUAAAAUAAUAAUUAAUUAACAAACAAAAAAACAAUGAAAAAAAAUUAUGCGUAUCUGCACAACUUAAAUCGUUAAUCGAUAUUUAUGUUUGCGCUGUUUUAUCAGUAUUAGAGCAGAUACAUACAUACAUACAUAUUUAUAAAAUUGCUUUAUGGGGAAAUUUAAGCAACGCUUUUCAAUAUACAAACAUACUUACAUAGUAUAUCUAUUAACAUGUAUAUAAACACUCACCAUCCUCUUUGUCCUGUGAACUCCCCGUUUCUUUUUUUUUUUUUUGUUUUUUUUUGUUUUUGUUUCAUUUUUGCGCACAUUUACUUAUAUAUACUUAUAUAAUUCUCCUCCGAGAAACGCUCAAGAAUAGCGAAUUUAUUGUGAACAUUUUGUAACUUAAAACGUUAAACGGUACAUAUGCAUAUGCACAUGUAUGUAUAGUGUGUAUUUUUUUGUUGUCGUAUUUGUUUGUGGUAAUCAAGCAUAGAAUCAUAGAGCAGCUUAUCUUUGUUUCUGUUGUUGUAUAGAGUUUAAACAAAGGACGAAGUUCAAAUAAGAUAUCUAAAUCCGAGCCGAGCAGAGCCGAACUGAGUGGGUGCAGAUUUUUUGUUUUUUGCGCUAAAAAUAUAGCAAACACGAGGUAAAAUAUGUUUAGGCUUAGCACACACACACACACACACUCAUAACUACUUUUAUUUCAGCUAUAGUAAGCUCAUUUUGCAACUCAGUGAAUUUGUGUGAUUUUUAUUGAGUGUUAUGUUUUUUUAUUUUUUCUACAAUACAUUCAUUUUAUAAAAAGAAAAAUGAAAAAAUAAACUAAAAGUUAUUAAAUACAUAAAAAGAGAAAUUUAUAUACAGAUAUUCAACUCGAAUUUUUUUAAAGCAUUUUUUGCCAAUUUUAAUUUUAAUAAAAAUUACGCGUUUUUUAUUUGGAAUAAACAUUUUUAAUUCACUUUGGAAUUUUAACGUUUUUUCAAAAAAUGAAAAAAAAAACAAGUUUCGUAUUUGAUAAAAAAAUAAAUUAAACGAUAAUAGCUGUAGGACAUUUCAAACUGCAUUCUUACAAAGAAACAGAUCAAAAACGAAAAAAAUUAUUAAAAAAUUUGUAUUGUAUAUUUUCUUAAGCACGUAAGAAGUGAUCUUUGUAUUCGAAUGCAUUAAGCUGAAUUUUUCUAAAUUAAAAUAAACGAACCAUAUGCAUUUCUGCAUAAAAACCCAAAAAGUAGUGUAGGCAGGACUUCACCUUAGGCAUAGAAGUCUUUAAAUAAUUGAUAUUCGAUAAUCAAAAAAAUUAAGUAUUCGCUAUUGCAAGAACAAUUUAGGUAGUUUUUUUAUUCUUUCUCUCUCUCUCUCUAAGUAUGUAUAGCAUUAAAAAUAUUGAAAUGAAAAUUCUAAAAAAAAAAUAAAAUUUUGUAAACGAUUUGAAUUGAAGCCCACGUGAGGCCGAGUGACAAUUUAUGCGCACUUACAAAUUGAGAUUAAUUUAUUAAAAAAAACAUAAAUUAUAAAAAAAACGAUAUUGUAUUAUAUAAAUACUACAUACACAUGUGUAUGUGUAUGUUUUGGUGGUACUGCUCUCUUUUCGAAGCUUCAAAGCAACAACAGCUUUAGGCCUUUCUGAGUUGUACCAUAAUGUAUAUCACGGCAUCCUGCUUGAGUAAUUAUUUUAUAUAUAAAAACAAAAAAACAAAAAAAAAAAAAUAAAAUAAAAAUAAAUUUAA